GCCAGCCAGCCAGCCAGCCCGCUGCUUUCUGGAGAUCGUUUUUCUUUGCUUUCUCUCCAUGGGAGGAGAGCGCACAACCUCCAGCCUUCUACCCCCCACCCCUCCUCAACAGCUUGUCUCUGUCACCAGCGGACAAUGUGGACCUGCAAGGGCUUCUUCUCACAAUGCAGCUCUUGUUCUUUCACUUAAAAGUCUCCUCUUUGCGGCUCUUUUCUUUUUCCCUCUUCGGGGCCAUCGGAGAGAUGAUGUAAGGAGCGUGUAAGCGCGCGCGCGCUCAAGUCUCCUCUCCAGCAAACAUGCAGAAGGGAAUACGACUGAAUGACGGUCAUGUCACCUACUUGGGGCUUUUGGCGAAGAAGGACGGCACGAGACGGGGGUGCUUGAGCAAGAAAAGCUCGGACAACACCAAAUGGCACACCAAGUGGUUUGCGCUGCUGCAAAACAUGCUUUUUUAUUUCGAGAACGAGUCCAGCUCUCGCCCCUCGGGAUUGUACCUGUUGGAGGGAUGCAUAUGCGACAGAGCGCCUUCGCCCAAACCUUCGCUCUCGGCCAAGGAGUGUUUGGAAAAGCAGUAUUAUUUCACCGUCAGCUUCACUCAUGAAAACCAAAAGGCCCUGGAGUUACGCACAGAAGAUGUGAAGGACUGCGAUGAUUGGGUGGCCGCCAUAUCACACGCCAGUUACAGAAACUUGGCCACCGAGCACGAGACUCUCAUGCAGAAGUAUCUUCAUCUGCUUCAAAUUGUGGAGACAGAGAAAACGGUUGCCAAGCAACUUCGACAACAGAUAGAAGAUGGAGAAAUAGAGAUUGAAAGGCUUAAGUCUGAGAUCGCAGGGCUUUUAAAAGACAACGAGAAGAUACACGCCAGUCCCACGGCAGCCCCGACUGAAGAUGAUUCUGAAAUCAAGAAGAUCAAAAAAGUCCAGAGCUUCCUGCGAGGCUGGAUCUGCAGGAGAAAGUGGAAGACCAUCAUCCAAGAUUACAUACGUUCACCGCACGCCGAGAGCAUGAGGAAGAGAAACCAGGUGGUGUUCAGCAUGUUGGACUCGGAGGCCGAGUACGUGCAGCAGCUGCACAUCCUGGUUAACAACUUCUUGAGGCCGCUUCGCAUGGCCGCCAGCUCGAAGAAGCCUCCCAUCACCCAUGAUGACGUCAGCAGUAUUUUCCUCAACAGUGAAACUAUCAUGUUUCUACAUCAGAUCUUCUACCAGGGGUUAAAAGCCAGAAUAGCCAGCUGGCCAACGUUGGUGCUGGCCGACCUGUUCGACAUCCUGCUACCAAUGCUGAACAUCUACCAGGAGUUUGUGAGGAACCACCAGUACAGCUUACAAAUACUAGCUCACUGCAAGCAGAACCGAGACUUUGACAAGCUACUAAAGCAGUACGAAGCGAAGCCCGACUGUGAGGAGAGAACUCUGGAGACCUUCCUUACAUACCCCAUGUUCCAGAUUCCCCGCUACAUCCUUACGCUUCAUGAACUUCUGGCCCAUACGCCGCAUGAACACAUAGAGAGGAACAGUCUGGACUACGCCAAAUCUAAACUGGAGGAGCUUUCGAGAAUCAUGCACGAUGAGGUGAGCGAGACAGAAAACAUCCGUAAGAACCUGGCCAUUGAACGCAUGAUUGUGGAAGGCUGUGAGAUCCUCCUGGACACCAGCCAGACAUUUGUAAGACAAGGUUCUCUAAUCCAGGUACCGAUGAGCGAGAAGGGCAAGAUCACCCGUGGGCGUCUGGGUUCGUUGUCUUUGAAGAAGGAAGGGGAGAGGCAGUGCUUUCUCUUCUCCAAGCAUCUAAUCAUCUGCACCAGAGGGUCUGGGGGAAAGCUUCAUCUGACCAAGAACGGUGUCGUCUCCCUUAUAGACUGUACUCUUAUGGAGGACCCCGAGGGGACUGAUGAUGAAUCUAAAUCAGACAAAGGCGGUCAGGACAUGGAGCAUCUGGACUUCAAGAUUGUGGUGGAGCCAAAGGACAGUCAGUCCUUCACAGUCAUCCUGGUGGCUUCCUCCAGGCAGGAGAAAUCCGCAUGGACAAGUGACAUCAGCCAGUGCAUUGACAACAUCCGCUGCAAUGGACUUAUGAUGAACGCCUUUGAGGACAACUCCAAAGUCACUGUUCCACAAAUGAUCAAGUCCGACUCCAGUCUGUACUGCGAUGACGUGGACAUCCGUUUCAGCAAAAUGAUGAACUCCUGCAAGGUGCUGCAGAUCCGCUAUGCCAGCGUGGAACGUCUGCUGGAGAGGCUGACCGACCUGCGCUUCCUCUCCAUCGACUUCCUGAACACCUUCCUGCACUCCUAUCGUGUAUUCACCACUGCUGAUGUGGUGCUGGAUAAACUCAUCACCAUCUACAAGAAGCCCAUUAGCGCAAUUCCUGCUCGGUCCCUGGAGUUGUUCUUUGCAAGCAGUCAGAAUAACAAACUCCUGUACGGAGAGCCGCCCAGCUCGCCCAGGGCCAGCAGGAAAUUCUCGUCCCCUCCGCCCUUGGCCAUCGCCAAGAACUCGUCCCCGAACCGCCGGCGCAAGCUUUCCCUCAACAUCCCCAUCAUCACCGGGGGCAAAGCUCUCGACCUGGCCGCCCUGAGCUGCUCCUCAAAUGGCUAUGCAAGCAUGUACUCCUCCAUGUCUCCGUUCAGCAAGACCACCUUGGACAUCAACAAACUUUAUGUGUCCAGCCCGAUUACCAGCAAAAUACCAGAUGAGGCGGAGGACAAGAAAGACAAGGUGGAGGAAACUUCAGUGAGCAAGCAAGAUCUCUCUGUUCGGGAAGAAAGUGACAACGAUCAAAACCAGAGCGAUGAUGCCGACCCGGAGGCCUCCCCUACAAAGUCACCAACCACCCCAAAAAACAUCAAAUGCAAGAAUUCCUCAGAGUUCUCUCUAUUCUCCUACAACAACGGCAUGGUGAUGUCCUCCUGUCGAGAGCUGGACAACACCCGCAGUGCGUUGUCCGCUGCCUCAGCCUUUGCCAUUGCUACAGCCGGAGCCAAUGAAGGAACCCCCACCAAGGAAAAAUAUCGAAGGAUGUCCCUCGCCAGCACAGGCUUCCCAACAGAUCAGAGAAAUGGCGACAAGGAGUUUGUGAUCAGACGAGCGGCGACCAACCGCGUUCUGAAUGUCCUCAGACACUGGGUGUCCAAACACUCGCCGGAUUUUGAGAGUAACAAUGAAUUAAAAACAAAGGUUAUCGCUUUCCUGGAGGAAGUCAUGCAUGAUCCUGAGCUACUAACUCAAGAGAGAAAAGCAGCUGCUAAUAUCAUCAGAACUCUAACUCAGGAUGAUCACGGGGACAAUCAGAUUGCUCUCGAAGACGUUACACAACUGGUAGGGUCAGGCAAGGCUGACCCCUUUGAGAACCACUCGGCAUUGGAGGUUGCAGAGCAGCUCACUCUACUGGACCAUUUGGUCUUUAAGGUCAUCCCGUACGAGGAAUUCUUUGGUCAAGGCUGGAUGAAGAACGACAAGAAUGAGAAAACGCCCUACAUUAUGAGGACCACCAAGCACUUCAACGAUAUAAGCAACCUUAUUGCUACAGAGAUCCUUCGCUCGGAUGACGUGGUCACCCGCGUGGCGGUCAUUGAGAAAUGGGUGGCUGUGGCAGACAUCUGCCGCUGUCUCCAUAACUACAACGCCGUGCUUGAGAUCACAUCCUCCCUCAACCGAAGUUCUGUCUUCCGUCUCAAAAAGACCUGGCUUAAGGUGUCCAAGCAGACAAAAGCCCUGAUUGACAAGCUGCAGAAGCUGGUCUCUUCGGAAGGGAGGUUCAAAAACCUAAGAGAGGCUCUGAAGAACUGUGAUCCCCCAUGUGUGCCCUAUUUGGGCAUGUACCUCACAGACCUGGCCUUCAUCGAGGAGGGAACACCAAACUACACUGAAGACAAUUUGGUCAAUUUUUCGAAAAUGAGGAUGAUAUCUCACAUCAUCAGAGAAAUCCGACAGUUUCAACAAACAGCAUACAAACUUGACCUUCAACCAAAGGUAGCCCAGUAUUUACUGGAUGGAAGCUGCGUUCUGGAUGAAGAAAGCAUGUACGAAGCCUCCCUCAGAAUUGAACCGAAAGUGUCCAACUGAUAGGAAUAAGGGGCGCACCUCUAUGCUAUGUUAUCUUCUCUGUUAAUACAACACAUCAGUUCACACACACAUCCACUUUUGCAUUGUUGUAUAAGAUAUUUCCUCUUCUGUACAGUAGAUGUUUAAGGUUGUUUGACAACAGAAGAUACGUUAAAUCUUUUGUUAAAUGAGUUUACAAAGAUUUUUUGGAAGCAUAAUAACAGAGGUCGCCUUGGUUAGUCAUGUUCAAAUCAGUGUGACCAAUGACAUUAUUUUGCUUUGUGUACACUUUACACUUGCCAGCUAUCUUUACUUCAGUUUUAUCCAUAAGUAUUAGUUUGUCUGCAACCAAUGUAGCAUUGUAAAAAGCGCAUUGAAUCAGGUAAAAGAGCACAGAGAACACAGUUUGCGUGCCAGCAAAGGAAAAUAGGGGAAAAACAUUCGGUGGUAAGAACAAUCUCUAUGCUUCCUAACCCCAAACAAAAAAGGUUUAUUUCUUCAUUUCUGCUCCGCAACAGAUGUUCAUAAAUGUUUUGCACCAUAGAAUAUUUUUAUACUGACAGCAUCCAGGACAACGUCACAAUGACAUAUUAAAGAAGCAGAAGCUGUUGUGCCUGGUUUGGUCACAUACAAAAUUGUAAUUUGGUGGUGAAGAAAGUUGGUGAUGACAGACUGUUACCUUGUGGAAUAAUAACCAUGUUGAGUUGAUCAUUUAGAAUAGUAUAUUAAAUUAUAUACUGUAUAUCAGAGUUGGUCUGUGGCAGGAACUGCAGAUAAACACGGUUGGAAAGUGAUGCUCAUCAAUAUUUUUUAAAUUGCUACCAACUUUUUUUGUCUUUUUGUUUGUAUAUAUACAGUGCUGCUCGAAAGUUUGUGAACCCCACAGCGAUGGUCAGAUUUUUUGUAAAAAAAACUAAAAUAACCUUAUUAAAUGUUAAGUUAUACCCAAAUCCACAAUACUGACAUUCCAAAUAAUGGACUGAAACAAAAGAAAUAGUUAUAUUGUCAUUCUUUAUUUAACAAAAGUGGUUGAUUUAAGAAAAACUCAGAUAUCAUGUGUGCAAAAGUAUGUGAACCCCUUCAGUUAAUAGGAUAUUGCGCCUCCUUUUGCAGAGAUUACCUCAACCAAACGGUUUCUGUAGUGACUAAUCAGCCUCUCACAUCUACUUUGGGGGAUUUUUGCCCAUUCUUCCUUGCAGAACGCAGUCAGUUGAGAGAGGUUUGAUGGGCGUCUGGCAUGAACUGCUCGCUUCAGGUCCCGCCACAGCAUUUCAAUGGGAUUUAGGUCAGGACUUUGACUGGGCCAGUCCAGAACACGAAUCUUCUUCUUUUUCAGCCAUUCCUUGGUUGUACUGCUGGAAUGCUUUGGAUCAUUAUCAUGUUGCAUGAUCCACCUUCUGCCAAGCUUUAACUUCAAAACAGAUGGCGUCAGGUUAUGUUCUAGGAUUUGACAAUAUUCCUCAGAAUUCAUGAUUCCCUGGACUAUGUGGAGUUGUCCAGGUCCUGAGGAUGAAAAGCAAGCCCAGAUCUUGACAUUCCCACCUCCAUGCUUCACUGUUGGGAGAAGGUUCUUUUGGUGGUAUGCAGUGUUGACUUUUCGCCAGACAUGGCGGUUUUGGUUGUGACCAAACAGUUCAAUUUUGCACCUACAUCAGUUGAUGAAAACUCUUUUUAAUUUAGUCUCGACAACACAACUGUUAAAAAAACAAAACAAAAAACUACUGAAUUGAUUGAUUAGGAAAUCAGUUUGAAAUAAUAGAAAAUUCCAAAAUGUUGAGGGGGUUCACAAACUUUUGAGCAGCACUGUAGGUUUUCUCCGUCUCCUGUCCUGACUGUGCAUAGUAAUGUCGGACAUCACACAUACAAUACAGGUUACAUCUCUUUUGAUUUGUUUUGUAGAUUGUAAAGAGUACACCAGUUCAGUAUAACACAUUUGUUUAAAAAUGAGUUUAUUUAUUUUAGUUUUAUCCAAAGUACUUUUUAAAAAAGAUGCUAAGUGUUCAGCGAUACUUGUGUUGAGUAAAAGGGUUGUUGCUCCUCUGUAAUUAAAAGACAAUCUGUCAAUCUUGCUGUUCCAGUGAUUGUGGAACGUGACAGUAUAUCACUCUGUUAUAUGCAUUGCUGUUUAUUAACAAUAUGAUAGAAACGUAAGUGAAUGACCUCUGCCUGCAGCAUUCAAACACUAUUUUUGUAGUAGUCUACGAGAGUCACCUGCUCUUUAUAUAAACAUGAGAAAGUAUUUUGUACCUUGUUGUUAAUUCAUUUCUCUGACACGUGCUGUACAUUUUGUACAUGCUAGCCCUGCAUAUUUCUCAAUGUGGAACGGUGUAAUCCUUUCAGAUAUCUAGACAUAUAGCAAGCUUCGAUAGAAAAUGCUACAACAGUGUGGUCUUAAAACCAUGACCUUAGAGUAGAAAUCAACAAGUGUUUUGCAUUUAUACGGUAAUCCUGUCUAUAACCAUUUCUGUUAGCAGGAAUUAUAGUAAUGUAGUGCUUAUUCUGUGAAUAUUUGUAUUUUUACUAUGUAUGUACAGAACACUUUUCAAGCUCACGUGGCAGGCAUGCAACACAGGCAAAAUAAUACUAUAUACUUGUACUGUAGACACUUACACAUGCACAUACAAUACUCUUACAAGGUAUAUGAACAAAUAAACAUUUUUGCUGUUAGCAAUACCCAGUGGUAUGAAAAUUAUCUUUCAACCCUCAUGUUUCCACACCUUAAUGAAAUCCCCCAUUUUGUAAGAAAAUUAAACAAAUAUAAAAAGAUAUAAAAUCAAUGACGUUGAGGAUUUUAACAAAUCAUUAUGUUUCCAAGUUACCUCUUGCUAAUAAAUCCAUUUUGUCUCAGGGGCAUUUUGUCUCAAGUGUUUUUGUAGCUCAUCCAAACCUAUUUAAAAUGCAUGGUUCAGGAUAAAUUCCCUUUUUAUGAAGAAUAGAACAUAAACGUUUCACUGGUUCAAGCAAACAGUGCUAUUAAAAACAAACAUUAAAUGUCAGUACAUUGCACGGUAAAGGAAGGAGUGUGGAUGAGUGUUAUUUUAAGGCAAGGCAAGGCAAGGCAAGGCAAAUUUAUUUAUAUAGCACAAUUCAACACAAGGCAAUUCAAAGUGCUUUACAUCACAUGAAGACCAUAAAAAUCACAUUUAAAUCAACACAACGUAAAAACCAAGACAAAUGAUCGCAUUUAAUCACAGAAUAAAAAUAAAUAAAUAAAAAUAAAACAAAAAUAAAAAUAAAGCAAAAACUACUACUAAUAAUAAUCAUUGAAAUCAGCAAUGGAGAUAAGCACAAGAGGAAUAGAAGGCAGGUAAGUUGAAAUAUAUAGACAGUUAUGGAUAUGCAGUGCCAAACAAAAGCGUUUUUAGCCCUGAUUUAAAGGAGCUAACAGUUUGAGCAUACUUUAGACGUUCGGGUAACUUGUUCCAGAGGUGAGGAGCAUAAUAACUAAAUGCUGCCUCACCCUGCUUGGUUCUUGUUCUUGGAACAUGCAGAAGACCCGUUCCAGACGACCUUAGGGGUCUAGAUGUCUCAUAGGAAUCUAACAAGUCAAGCAUGUAUUUUGGUCCAAGGCCAUUAAGUGUUUUGUAGACGAGCAGUAGUAUUUUAUAGUCUAUCCUUUGACUCACUGGAAGCCAGUGUAGCGAUUUCAAAACCGGUGU